AACAGGUCCGUGUGACGCCAUUGAAGAAGCAGACACGCAGGGCUUCCUCCUCUCUCGCUCUGCUUCCUCCUCCUCUCAGCUGAGUCACGUACUGACCAGCCUAACAAACCAGUGGCACUGCGGACGGCGCUCCGCCUGCACCUCCUGUUAAGCCCGAGGGCCAGUCUUUACUGAUCAGAGCCUGACGGAACAAGACUGCUGGGUAAAGACUGUGGGGCUGUCGAACAACCCUGCCUUGUCUCCUCUACUGAACAGUAACCUCGUGAAGAUGUCGAAACCCUUCUGUAUCGUGGGCCCUUUGUUUGGUCCUGCAGAUGGACAGCAAGAGUGCGGUUCCUGUUACCAAAUAGACAUGAGGGCCUUAGUGGCCAUCGUUGUCUGUGACAUCACCUUGACCAUCCUCAUCGCUAUCACCGUGUUCUGCCUUGCAACCUUCCAGAAGAAAAGAAGCAAUUGUGAAUGUCAUGAUGCAGGUAGAGGAAGAUUACCAUCGGCCACGCUAAAGAAAAGAGCAGCAGAGAUCACAGAGUCUCCUUAUCAGGAGUUACAUGGAGUCCAGUCAGACGUGUACAGUGAUCUUCAGCACUUUAGGAAAUGACCUCCAUUCGGGGUCCUGGGUUGUCGAGGGGGUAACGUUGUCGGUGCUGAUUUUGGAGAUGGGUUGAAUUCUGAUUUGCCCUUCGAACACGACAUUCUGCAGAUGAUGUCCCGUAGACGUCUUGCUGUAUUGUAGGUGCUUCAUUAUCCAGCAUGACCGAUAAUUAUAUAUAUAUAUAUAUAUAUAUAUAUAUAUAUAUAUAUAUAUAUAUAUAUGUAGCUGAUGAGUGCGCGACGCACGAAA